AUGGCCAGCAGGGUACCGCACCCGAACGAAAUGUCUCCAACAGUACAGACGGAAGCGGACAUCGAUUGUGCAGUAGCCCCAGCGGCACCCCGUACACAGGUUGGAGGGGACGAAGUUGAAGAUACAGACGGUUCUACUAUACCAGAGCAUAAAGAUCACAAGUUCCUAGGGUCGGAAGACGCCGUGGCGAUUGUCGUCACCGACGAUGGGUGCACCAGUAGCAGCAAUAACAAUAGUGCUAGUAUGAAAUGCCUCAACUUCGUCACCUCAUCCACGAGCCACGUUCAUGCGGCGGUUCCCAAGGGUUGCAUGCCGACGAAUAUUACGACGCCGACGGUGGACGAUGAGCGACAACCGUCACCCCCAUUAGCUAGUGCAACAAGUAACCAAUUCGUGAAUCAUAGCUUUAGCUGCCGCGAGAUGGGCACCAGUGGUUCCGUGGCGGCCAACGAUGCUGAUGCUGUCGGUAGGGAUCUAGCCCAGGGUCUGGUGGACGUGGUGCGCGUGUCAACCAGUGUUCCACAGCCGGCAUUCGCUCAGAGCGAGUUGGGCGCUGGCGGCAGAGGAGCUACAGGUACUAGUUUCCACUCCGCAACGGCCGCUGCCGUGGCGGCCGUGGCGAUGACUGCGGCGGCGGCAGCGGCGGCGGCAUCGGCUGCGGCGACUACGGCUGUUACCUUCAGCAGUAGAGCAAACUCCCCACGUCCCAACACCCCCGAAACGCUUGGUGUUGGUGAACCUCCGGUGCCCGCUACUCCUGGAUCAUCCUCACCAUCGACUAACUCUGCUCACCCUGUGCAUAACCAUCCACUGAUAACCAUCAGCGACCCUAGCGACGCAUGUACCACUACUUCUACUACUACUUCUACUACUAACCCUAACCGCGCCAGCCCAGACGAAUGCUACGCCGGUGUCCAAACCUGUGAUAGAAACCAACAACACCACCAUCAUCAUCAUCAUCCAACCGUUGGUCUGCCUUCCGUGUCCAUUGAUGUGCCGCUCGGUGCCGAUCAAGGCGACGACGCAUCCGACGUCCCCGCAUCCGCCAGCAACCCAUACUAUUCGAUUGUACCCACCAACAACACCUGCCCCAUGGCUACUAACACGGUGACGGGACGCUGUAGCAAACCGCCACUCCACAGCUACCAACAGCACUACCAAAGCUACCACCACCAUCACGUGCUGGAGGGAGCACUCGUGGGGCGAACCCCGGUGGCCAGUGGUGGUAGUGCCGGUCCAGUGCCGAUGGUGGCCGGAGGAGGAACUUACCACAGGCCGCACAGUGCACGCUUCAUGUCGCAGCACAUUAAAAUACUUCCCAAAACUCAAUCCCUCGAUUUGGCAGAUAACGACGACAUCCUGGAGGCUUCCAAUCGCUCCGAGUCGCAGCUGGAGAUAAGUGCGGCCGGCAUCGUGCCACAAGCGCUGAAGGGGCGCGUCCUGCCGAAGCUGCAAACGCUCGAUCAGACGACGCGUCCGAUCUACCCGAACGUGCCGUACAGUCCGUACAACAGUCCGUACGGAAGUCCGCGCAGUGGUCGCCGGAGGACGCCUCUGCGCGAGUCACGGCGCGUCUCGAUCGAGCAGUCCGGUAGCUUCCUGCAACUGAACCAGUACAAACUGCUUGAUCAAAUUGGCCAGGGCUCGUACGGGCUGGUGAAGCUGGCAUACUCGGAGGAAGACUCCACGCACUACGCGAUGAAAAUCCUAUCCAAACGGAAGCUACUUCGAAAGGCGGGGCUGAUGCGACGGGGUCCGAAGCGGGGCACUUCCCCGCUUGACCGGGUCUAUCGGGAGAUUGCCGUGCUGAAAAAGCUGGAUCACCCGAACGUGGUGAAGCUGGUCGAGGUCCUGGACGAUCCACUGGAGGAUUCGCUCUAUCUAGUCUUCGAGUUGGUGCAGCAGGGCGAAGUGCUCAGCAUCCCGACCGACACUCCACUGAGCGAGGAACGUGCCUGGAAUGUGUUUCGGGACGUGCUGCUGGGCGUCGAAUAUCUGCACUACCAGCGUAUCAUCCAUGGGGACCUGAAGCCGGCCAACUUGCUGCUAUCCGACGCGGGCAGCGUCAAGGUGGCCGAUCUGGGCGUGUGCAACGAGUUUCUCGGUGAGGAUGCCGCCAUGAACAACGGCUCGACAGCGGGCACUCCAGCGUUUCGGGCGCCGGAAACGCUUCUGCCCGGGCAGCACUUCUACAAUGGUAAGGCUGCCGACAUUUGGGCCCUGGGAGCGACCCUCUACUCGUUGGUGCACGGAAACGUGCCAUUCAUCGCCACCUCGGUGCCGGGCGUGUACGAGAAGAUAAAGAACGACCCAUUGGAGUAUCCUGCCACGAGCACCAUUAGCGAGGAGCUGCGGGAUCUCAUCGGUCGGAUGCUGGAUAAGGACCCGCAGCAGAGGAUUACGCUGCCACAGAUCAAGGAGCAUCCGUGGCUCACAAAGCUAGGCACGAUCCAGCUGCCCACGGAGGAGGAAAACUGUCGGCUGGUGCAAAUCAACGAUGAGGAUAUGAACAGCGUCGUCAAGAGCAUACCGAAACUGGACACGCUCAUUCUGAUCAAAACGAUGUUGAAAAAGCAUUCCUUCCAGAACCCGUUCACCAAGGGCAUCUCCGGGCGGGCUCCGCAAGCGGGUGGAUCGCGAUUGGAACGCUUCUGUCGGUCGGGCCGUUCCAACUCUGCUCCAGGAGACUACCACACAUCGGAGCGCCAACCUUCCAACGAAUCGCUGCUUCCAUCUGUUACCGAGGGCGUCACGAGUCCGCUUGGCAGCCCCGAGCCAACCGGCAGCAUAAUCUCCGAGAUGGAUAGCCUCACGCUUCGGUCCGACCUGUCCAAUCCAUCCUCCAGCACCGACACCGACACGACCACGGUAAAAAUAGUCACCACUCCGCCAGAGUAG